AUGAAAAAAAUAAAACUAAACAUCACGCGGGAAGAGGACAACUUGCAAAGUAACAUAUACUACGUGUGCGAGAAAAAUAUACUAAUCUCACAACUAAAUCUGACGAUAAACUAUGAGGAAAAUAAUAUGGACGAAGACGAAAUUGUUGAGCAUGGCAAAGAUACAGUAAAUAAGCAUAAGAAGGAUAAAAAGGCAAAACAACACAAAGGAAUUAAGAUAAAGAUAUCGUAUAGCGAUGAGCUAAAUAACCUAUACCUAAACAAUGUGAUAAAUAAUUUGUACGAUUACAUUUUUGAAAGCAAAGGGAAUAAUUUUAAUAUACAUAAGAAUGACCGUUGGCAGGUGUUAAUAAAUAUAUACAUUUAUGAGUAUACGCCAUUUAUAUAUGACCAUAUCUGCAAUGUGAUUAAUGUACACCUGUCUCUUUUGCUAAUCCCUUUUUGUUUCUACGACUUUGAUGAGAAAUGGUACAGGUGUGUUCAGAAUUACGAGGAGUUGUGUCGGCUGCUAUCAGGGGGAAGUUCCUUGUGUGACCCUGCGAAGACAGGAGGAGAAAACUCGACUGAUAUUAUAAUCCUAGAUAGAAAUGAACAGAACAAAAAGAUAAUAAUAAACCAAUUAGAAAACAAUAAUUUUGAUUUAUUUUAUGAAGACUUUCUCCUACGAACACAAAACGUAGAUGAUAAUAUUUACAAUAAUAUUGUUGAGAAGCAUUCCUUCUGGAAUUUUACAAAAAGGACAUCAUUUGAUAGACUGCCCUGUGAAAAUAAUGGAGACAAAUUUGAUUUACACGAAAAUUAUUAUAUCCUCUUUAAUGCAAAUACUGCGACUGUUGAUGAGAGAAGCAUUUUGGAAAACUCCAAGGAGACCAUCCAGUUUUAUUACGAGUUUAUCGUCAAUUACUGCACAAGUUAUUUUGCUGCACAUUUUGUGAAGUAA